AUGGCUGAUUAUGGAACCUUAGAGUAUUGGGAAGAAAGAUAUAAGAAGGACAGAAACCCAUAUGAUUGGUAUCAAAAGUGGGAUAUGCUAGAAAAUUUACUUAAGGAAUAUAUUGGUAAGGAUGAUAAAAUAUUAAUUGUAGGAAAUGGAACAAGUAGAUUACCUGAGGAUUUAUACGAUGGUGGAUUUCGAAAUGUAGAAUGUAUGGAUAUAAGCCUAACUGCAGUAGAUAUAAUGCAUGAAAGGCUAGCUAGUAGAGGUAUUAAAUGCCAAGUUUCUGAUGUUCUUAAUAUGGUUCAAUUUUUAGAUAAUGAAUAUAAUAUAGUAUUAGAUAAAGGGACAUUUGAUACAAUCCUUUGUAGUGAAAAUAGUUAUGUAAAGGCAGACCAAAUGUUGAAAGAAAUAUAUCGAAUACUAAAUAAGGAGAAUGGAAAGUAUAUAUGUAUAUCAUAUGGGCAACCAUCAUACAGAUUAACAUACUUAAAAACAAUGAAUAAAUGGGAUGUAGAUGUAUUAUCUGUAAAAAAACCUAUGUCAAGUAAUAUUUAUAAAUUAACCCAUAAUAAUAAUAGUAAUGAUGGUUAUCAAAAUGAAGAUAGUAAUAAUAAUAGUGAUAGACCUGACUUAUUUCACUACAUAUAUAUAUGUAAAUUGAAAAAAAAUAAUGAAUAA